AUGUCGUCCGAUCGGAAGGCCGUCAUCAAAAAUGCCGACAUGGCAGAGGUAUAUACAACAUAGCAUGUUUUUGUUUCUCACGUCCCCCACAAAGAAUAGCAGACACAAAACUGCGGCGCUACAGAGGUACACGUCCUCCUUACGAUGAUGGAUUGAUGCAAAUGCUCCGGAAUUUUUCCACACAACAGGAUAUGCAGCAAGACGCCAUUGACUGCGCCAUGCAGGCUUUGGAAAAAUACAACAUCGAAAAGGACAUUGCGGCCUUCAUCAAGAAGGAGUUCGACAAGAAAUACAACCCGGUAUAGAUAAGUCACAAUUGCUGUCUGGUUCUUCUCGUUGAUUUGUGACUCGUGCGCAUAUAUGCUAGAGUUCGCUCUUUUUGGAUGAUGGAUGCAUCGCCGUCGCGCAGUACUCGCACCAGCAGAACACGCGCACUGUCCUCAUGAAAAUUUUCAAAUCAAUCUCAGACUUGGCACUGCGUGGUGGGCCGCAACUUCGGGAGUUAUGUGACCCACGAGACCAAGCACUUUAUCUACUUCUACCUGGGACAGGUAUUCUUUGUGGUUUUGACCCCUGCGUACUAGUCUGGUCAUCAAGAUGCUUCUUUAUGUUUUGCUGGGACUUCUUGUCGUGCGCUCUACCAUUUGCGGGGUAAGAAUACGGAAGAUGACGCAGAGAAAAACGUAACUUUGCAGGUCGCAGUACUGCUCUUCAAGUCGGGUUAGACGAAGGGAGAACGAGU